AUUUUGGAAGAGUUACAAGUGUACGAUCUGAGUAAGAAAUCUGAAGCAUGGUUACAACAGGCACUUCCGUCGAAUCCACGUUUGACGGUAGAUGAAAGUGGUAAAUUCCUUUUCAAGCCACCAUUUAAAGUGAAGGGUAAGAACUCGUUGUUGGCACUACUGAAGAAAUAUCAUCAAGAGGGUAAAGGUGGAAUAUUGCUAUCGGAAUUAAACGAGUGCAUUCCGGCUGCUGAUAAACACAUCGAGGCACUAGGAAAUCUGGUGAUCGAUAUGCCAACGCAAGCAAAUAAACGUAAAGAUCACGUGUACUUCUAUAAUGACCCAGAUACGGACUAUGCAAUUGAUGAGGGUGAGUUGCGAUUACAUUUUUGGAGUUUUGGAUUCGUUAUUUUUGAAUAA